CAAAGCUUAGCCUCUGCCCAUUACGUAGCCGAGGGAGAGCCGCCUCGCAGCCCUUCCCUUUUGGCUUUAUCGUUACAGCCCUACGCUGACAAGCCGCGUCUCGGGCUCUGCGCCCUGCGAUCACCGCCACCGCGCAGCCCUUGGCGACCUCCCGUCUCCACAGUCACGUCGGACUGCCAUAUGCCCCGGUCGCGUUAAAACCUGGGCAGGUCCCCCGGAGAGACUACCCAUCCGCAAUACCCAAAAAAAACAUGUCUUCGGACGACCGUUCCAACGCCCUCGCCGCGGACGACGUGCCCUCGUCGCCAGACAAUGCCUCCGAGUCCACCACGACCACCUCUGCUGCCGCCCCGCGGCCCUCGGUGCCCAUGCAGAAGCGUCGCCGUGUCACUCGUGCCUGCGAUGAGUGCCGCCGCAAGAAGAUCAAGUGUGACGGCAAGCAGCCUUGCACCCAUUGUACCGUCUAUAGCUAUGAAUGCACUUACGACCAGCCCUCGAACCGCCGGCGCAAUGCUGCGCCUCAGUACGUCGAGGCCCUCGAGAACCGGAUGAAGCGGGCCGAGGCGCUGCUGGCCGCAGUUCUGCCCAACCUCAAUCUCGACGACCCUUCCCUCGUGGCCGGCCUCGAGGAGGGCCAACUGCCCCCUUUGCCCCAGCCCAGGCCGUUUCCGCCCCCGUCCUUCGCUGCGGGUCCCACGGAAGAGGCCCAGCUCGAGUCAAUGGUGCGAGCCACCGGCCAGCUGGAUCUGGACGAGCAUGGUUACUGGGACUACCAUGGUCACUCCUCCGGCUUGAGCUUCGUCCGCCGCAUGCGCGAGAGAUUCGACAUCAUGGGCCGCGGAGAGGGCGAGUCCACGCCCUUUAGUGUCCUCUCGUCGCGACCCAUGGCACACGUCUUCGAGUCCCCUCGGUCAGUGCAGGAUUCACCUGGCCAAACGGACAACACUCCUUCCCCUGGCUUCGUCGAGUUGCCUCCGAAAGAACAGGCGCUGGAAAUCUGCGAGAUCGCCUUGAACGAUGCGUGCGCCCUGCUACGCGUCGUUCACCUCCCGACGUUUUACAAGAACGUCGACGAGAUGUACAACAAGUCGUUCGAUGACUACACUUCCAAGGAGCACAGCUUUCUGCCCUUGCUCUACAUGGUCCUCGCCCAGGGCAUGCUGUUCUCACGAAGCCAGAACGUGGACGACGAAUCGAACUACGAGAAUGCAAUUAACGAAGGGGUACAAUACUUCAAAGCCGCCCGUAGCAUACUUGACAUUGCAGUCUGUCGCGACCUGAACGCUCUGCAGGCAGUCGUUUUCAUGAUACUCUUCCUCCAAUCUUCGGCCAAGCUGUCUACCUGUUACGCAUACAUUGGUGUCGCACUUCGUUCGGCCCUGAGAAUGGGCCUGCAUCGAUCCAUGGACGAGCGAUUCAAUCCGAUCGAAAACGAGACCCGCAAGCGGAUCUUCUGGGUGGUCCGCAAAAUGGACGUCUACGUCGGCGCCAUGCUGGGACUGCCUCACACUAUGAGUGGUGAUGAGAUCGAUCAAGAUUAUCCGAUGGAGAUCGACGACGAAUACAUAACCGAGACGGAAUACGGCACCCAGCCGCCGGACCAAGUCCCACUCAUGGCCGCGUGUAACGCCCACACUAAGCUCACGAUGCUUCUUUCGAAAAUCGUCCGUGUCGUCUACCCCAUCAAAGGCAAAACGCACGUUUUGCACGGCCAGAAGAUCAAGUCAUACACCGUCUCGUAUGCCGACAUUCGGGACAUUGAACAUGAUCUCCAAGAGUGGAUGGAAGAGUUGCCGAUGGAGUUGAAGCCUGGCGGCGAGCAGAGUCCGCUCAUCGUCAAGGUACGGCAACUCCUACGAAUGGCAUACGCACACACUCAGAUGAUGCUCUACCGACCCUUCAUACACUACGUGUCCAAAUCGUCCAACUGUCAUACUCUCGACAAACGCGCCUACGCCUGUGCCUCUGCCUGUGUGAGCGUCUCUCGAAACAUCAUUCAUAUCGCGGUCGAAAUGAAACGGAAGGGAAUGCUCAAUGGCGCAUACUGGUUCACAAUGUACACAACCUUCUUCGCCAUCAUGACGCUGGUCUUCUUUGCUUUGGAGAACCCGGAGACGCAGACGAGCAAAGAUAUUCUGAAGGAGGCACACGAAGGAAAGGAGGUGCUGGAGGCUCUAGCUAAGAGAAGCAUGGCGGCUGAUAGAUGCACAAUCACUCUGAAGGCCGUCUUCGACAAGCUGCCAGAACGCAUCCAACGCGGCCGGGACAUGGCCAUGGCCGCCGCAAGCCGCAAGCGCAGACAAGCACCGUCGCCCAACCCCGAAUCGAAGUCAAUGUCUGGCCUUUCGGAGCCAGACUUGCACGACAUCCAACCCGCCGGGCCCCGUCGCGCGAACACGUUUCCGAAAAACAGUACUCCUGAAGACACCAAACGCGGCGGUCCCUUCCGUGCGAGCUUCCCACAGCCCGUUGACCUCACACCGUCGCCGCAGUAUGGCAGCACUCCCGAGUCGCCUUUUCAAGCCACCGUUCCCCUCAGGAACAUCUAUCCUGGCGUGACAGCUGGGCUUGCACCGUCCCCGGUAGCUGCCUCGUCGAACCUCUUUCCCAACCCGCAAUUUGGCUUUUCACCGGUGCAGAACAACUUCGCUGACCGCGUCAGUGGGAUCAAUCCGUCGAUCCCGGACCUCAACGCUAUGAUGUUCCCCUCGGCCGACCCGCUCGCCUAUCCAAACCAACCGAUGACGACAUUCGAAAAAAGUGGCUUCAGCAACAUCAACAAGGGCGACGCCGCUCCCGACGCUAGCAACAGUGGCGCCAAUUUGAUGACUGGCGCGAACUUCGGCUUCGGCACCGGUACGGGAACUCCCGCCAUGACGGGCACCAGCUCGCGUAACAGAGGCGGCAUCUUCGCCCUCCCUCCCAACGCCACGCCUCACGACCCGCAUGGGGGGAGCGUUGACGUCGAGCUGUACAACUCUGGGCCCUUCAUCUUCGCGCCGCACGGCAGCUUUGGCGGCCUGCACGGGGGCAUGUCAGCCGCGCAGCAGCAGCAGCAGCAGCAGCAGCAGCAGCAACACCUCCACGGCAACGCCGGAGCGGGAGCGCCGAUGUUUGGCUUACACGGCGCGCAGCAGCGGCAAGACAUGGGCCAGGGCAGCGGCGGCGGCGGCGGUGUGGGAGGCCAGGUCAGCAUAGGCAUGACGGGCGGCGGCGUCACCGGCAACAUGGAUCUUGACGAGCUGCUGACGAGCGAGGAGUGGGCCAGCAUGUUCGCGGACCAAGGCAGCGGCAUGGGCAUGGGGCAGGGAAUGGGGUUUCCGUUCCGGUAAGCGCAAGGGGGCCUCGGGCCCGUCAGAUGCGACGUUCGGGGCAACACGCGAGCGCGCAGGACGCGGGGUCAUGCCGAGAGAGAGGUUCCGUAUGGGCGUGUGCCAGGCCUUGGAGGCCGGAGAAGAUUCUCCGCCGCUGCGGCUGCCCGAUGCGGCGGAACGCAUUAGAACGACGAGCGAGAGCGGGCGAGCGAGCCAGCCUCGCAGCCCCUCCCUUUUUGAUUUCUCUCACUUCGUUUCUUGUUUCUCGUUUUUCUCUUUUUUUUCUUUUUUUUUUUUUUUUCUUUCUUUUUU